UUCUGCUCUCCUGUGAGACCCAGUUCUGCUCUCCCUGUGAGACCCAGUUCUGUUCUCCCUGUGUGACCCAGUUCUGUUCUCCCUGUGAGACCCAGUUCUGUUCUCCCUGUGAGACCCAGUUCUGUUCUCCUUUCUGUUCUCCCUGUGAGACCCAGUUCUGUUCUCCCUGUGAGACCCAGUUCUGUUCUCCCUGUGAGACCCAGUUCUCCCUUUCUCCCUGUGAGACCCAGUUCUGUUCUCCCUGUGAGACCCAGUUCUGCUCUCCCUGUGAGACCCAGUUCUGUUCUCCCUGUGAGACCCAGUUCUGUUCUCCCUGUGAGACCCAGUUCUGCUCUCCCUGUGAGACCCAGUUCUGUUCUCCCUGUGAGACCCAGUUCUGUUCUCCCU